AUGUGUUCCACAAAUGACUUGCACUUUGACAUGGGCCUUUUUGACGACGACCGCCCUAUUGAGCAGAACCGGCCAAGUUUCACCGACCUAAAGCAUGGAUGGCUUAAUGGACGGAGAGACGGGCCUCCAAGCGUGUCGUCCAUAUUGCGAAUCCAAGGCUCUUCGAGGUAUACGGUGGCCGGAUACUCCAGAUUGCCUGUGGCCGACGUCGUUACUAGCUUUGUUCUGCGUAGACAGACCCGCUGGCACAUUGACCCAGAUUUGCUGGAGGAGAUGAUACGGAGUUUUCCUCGGUUGCGCACUCUUCACAUUGAGCCGUGGCGGUAUUUCGACUACCCAGGACGAGGGCUUGCUGAUACAAAACUCUUCAAGAUGAUGUCGCAUUCACUACCUGACACCGUGGAAAGCUUCACCGUGUUUGAAGACUUUAACGAAGACUACAACACUGUCAUGUUCAACCACGGCAGCAACGCAUGGCUUCUACCCACAGAGCUGGCCAGGAGGCCGAGUCCAAACGUCGGCAGGGCCAUGGCCAGACGGAGCCAACAGUUCAAGAAGCUCGCCGCAUCCUAUGUAGUCGACGCUGAAGACUUCUUCUCUGCCACUCUGGAUGCCACCAACGUGUGCAUGUACUCUUGGAUGCACUUGACAUCGCUGUACUUGACGUCUCGACACUUGAAAAGAAGUACACAUGGCACAAGGCUCAGCACCAUGUUGGAAAAGGCUGGAACGGCGGCGUUGCACAUGCCUGCUUUGCGGACCAUGCAUAUCUGGAACGGAGUGAAGGGCAACGUUGGCGGGUUUCGCUACGAAGCUACAGAUGAAUCAACUACCAUCCAGUGGCGUGGCAACUGGCUCUUACAUCUUGUUCCUGGUGUUGUCAACGCCUGGAGGCGUGUGGCAGACAGAUGGACAAGAAAGGAGCUGCUUGUGCUGGAACCUCGCAUUGCGCAGUGCAGAUACAUUGGCUCACACGCGGUGGCCAUGGAGAUGUUGGGCAUUCACCAUGAUGUGUUGCACCCCGUAUCGUUUAAACAAAUCAAGUGCGAGACGUCUCGAUACUGGUUGAAUUAUUAUUCAUCGGCAAGCUGA